AUGGAAGGCAGGAUCAAUGCUGUCGAAGCUAUCAUCCAAGAGAUCCGGACUCGAAAGGCCACAAAUCCAAAAGACAAGUCAUACGGCGUGCAUGCCAUUCUCCAGACGCUGGGGCUUUCGCUCACUGCCCCCGACUAUUCGAGGGACCUCGGUGAGAUACACAAAGAGCUAUUUCUCAAGCUGUUGUCUUGGACGAAGUCACUGAACCUACUACUUUGCGCAAAUGGCCCCCGAGAAGACGGCCAGCCCUCGUGGGUGCCGGACUGGCGGCUCGAUAGCGACAAGAUGUGGCUCAAACCCUCGCAGCUCUUUGGACGAGCAAGGAACAACGCGACCCCGGACUCUGAUCCGUGGUGGUCAAAUCGCGACGAGAACAAGCUUGUCGUACGCGGCCGCAAGAUCAAUCACGUCGACUGGUGCGGCAGACCCUUCCAGCCAGUAUCCGAGACAUAUGAUGAGAACGAAAGGGCAGCCCACAUUCACAACAUUACCUUGACGCGAGAUCAGUACCGCGCUCAUCUUGUGAGAACGAACCCAGGCGCUACCUUUGGAGACACAUGCCUCCGCAGAAGCCAUUACCUCGACACGAAAGACGAUCCCUCCCACGUCUUCCUGGCCGAAGAGCACCUCUGGUGGACUUGGGAUCGCAUCAUUCAGCGCGUAGACACCAUGACGCCCUCCGAUGUUGUGGAGCGCAUGUUAUCCAUCCCUCGGCUGAUGGAAUUUCACGCCAGCCUAUGCAACGGACUCGCCAACAAGUCAAGGACCGUGUUCGUUACAGCUCCUCACCCGCUGGCCGUGGGAAAUUGUCCUGUUGGAACACAGGUCGGGGACGUGAUUGCGCUCGUCUCGGGAGUCCCAAUGCCCCUUGUGUUGCGCGAGGUUGCAGAAAGUGGCGAUUACCAACUUAUCGGGUUUGCUGUCGUCGAGGCGAUGACACGCGGGCUGGCGUGGAAGGAUGCUCACGAAGAUGACUUGGAGGAAAUUCUUCUGUGUUGA